AUGGCUUUUACACCCACAACUCUCUACUCUCCCACGGGCAUACUUGUGGAGAACCCAACCGCAGGCGCCAAUUCAGAAGCAGGUCACACGAACGCUCUUUCUCCACAACAGCAACUGCUACAACAACAAGGAGACCAAUAUAUCCUGUCACUUAAGCAGCACCAAGACCAUUUCCCAGCACCAUCCCUCCUCCAAAGGGCAUACCUCAACGGCAUCCUCCACAAGCCCAAGGAUAUCGCCUUCCUCGCCCGCUUGGCUUGGCGCACCAUCUAUUCUAUGGUGCGGCUUCACUGUGUCGAACUACCCUUCCUCAUCGCCACACGGUUCCAGUACUCGUCCAAGCAUCAUCCUCUCGGUUGGCCCUGGUGGUGGACGAUUGUCAUUGCCUUGAUCCGUGGAGUGGGUGUCGAGUUGAGGACUAUUGGACAUCUGCGAUUUGUAGGUCAUUUCCUGGAGGGCUUUUUGCCGCUUCAGAUGAUUUUUGUGAGGCAUGUCAAGGUCCUGAAGAAUGUCCAGUUCCAGGUCAGACUUGAGGCUCUUACCCGUCCAGAACGUGCCACUCUUACCCACGUUCGUGAGGAGCUUACCCGACGUGGGGUCUCGGUCGAUAUCAUGAACCCCAGCAAAGAGUACCUUCGUUCGAUGCACUACCCUAUCCAAGGCCGUCACGCCCAAAUCUCAAACAUGCCCGAGGAAGUCGGACGGCUGAACGAAGGAGGGGUCUAUAGCUUGAAGGGCGAGUGGAUUGAAGCUCUUCAUCACGCAAACAAUCCUCGUCCACGCAGCUCCACCGUUGUCCUCUACUUCCACGGUGGCGGACACGGCUUCCUGUCGCCAAAGUCUCACCGCGACUACUUGGCCCGCCUAGCCAAAGAGAUUGGUCCGGGCACAAGGAUCUUUUCUCUUGACUACCGCAUGGGUCCUGAACAUCCGUUCCCGGCUGCGAUUCAUGAUGCCUUUGCGGCGUACUUGUAUCUGGUCAAGCCCAAGCAUGAGGCCUUGAUUUUGAACAACAAGUCCGAAGCUCAGCAUUUGCCUGUCGACCCUCGAGAUGUUGUGGUUGGUGGUGACUCUGCUGGUGCCAACUUGGCUGCCGCGUUCAUGAUCUACCUUGCUAAAUAUGUUCAACCAUCCACGUCGCCCAAGUACAUCAUGCCCCAUGCCACCCUUCUCCUCUCGGUAUGGGCAGAUCCAACAUCCUCCCUGCCAGCAGCCAACAACAACGACUGGUACUGCUAUUGCCCAGGACCCAUUGGAUCACAUCCCUUCGACAAAAAGACCUUUACAGACUUCAAAGCCCUCAACCUGGCUCGCAACUAUGUCUGUGGCGAUGUCUCCACCAACGCCAAUGCCAGAAAUGCCCUUGGAGAGGAACGCGCUUGGCUGUGGUACGCCAGUCUAGCCCAACACCCUCUUGUCUCGCCUGUCCACCGCGCCGAUCUCUCAGGACUGACCAACACCCUCAUCCAAACGGGCACACAUGACCGCUUGUACGACGACAACCGCCUGUACGCCCACCGCCUUGGAAAAGAAAACCGCGGAAGACUAGUCAGACUCGAGACCUACAUGGACCAAGUCCACGUCCAUCAAGUCUUCUCCAUCCUCGAAGCCGCCAAAACAGGACUCAAGAAUCUCGCCCGAUUCAUUGAACGCUCCAGACUCAUCCGCGAUGCAGAAGAAGGCACCAUCAGCCAGAAGGAGUUUCAUGAGGUUGAAAGUCGGUACUUGGGACUGGGAAUGAUCAAGGACAAGUCUGUUGACAAUGUCGAAUGGGUUGUUGUUGAGGCCAAUGGCAAGGAGUCCGCCAAGGAUGAAGGAUGGCCUAUGGCUGUCCUGUCCAGAGUUUGGCCCUUGAACGAGCUUAUCGAGGCUUGA